AUGGUCAAACCCGAAUCUUCUGCCCGCCCUACCGGCACCAGGCAACAAACAAGCGACUAUCUUCAGAACUUGGACCAAGAUGUCAUCGAGACCAUGACAGAUAAACAGCGCCAGAGAGUGAAGGAGACAAACGAAAAGGUUUCUGUCCCCGCUAUCAGUGUGGCGGACUCAACCAAUUGGACGCCGGAGUUAGAGAAGCGCGCCAAAGAGGUACUCGAGAAUACAAAAAACGUUUGGGUUCUACCCGAUUCGCUCAGAAACGAUUACUUGAGCCUCUUCCAAAUGGCAUUACUGUAUACUGGGCGUAGCCCCCGCGACAUCGUUGGGGUCCAGACGCAGCUCUGUUUCGCUUUGGAUUCCAAGAGCAGGGACUUGGACUACACGCCACACCCUCUGAAAGCCUGGUCACGAAAGUUCUGUGACAGAUUGAGUCAACUGAUUACUCAUCAAGCGUGGGAUACCAAGCAACCCAGCGGUCGAGCUGACUGUCUUGCCACAGCACUCCAAUACGCCGUGAUUUUGCGCACGCGAGAUAAAAGAGAGUGGUGGAUGCGCGGGACUGACUCAUUCUCGGAAGGAAUCCAGAGCGCUGUCAAAAGCGGAGCAUCUCCGCGUGAGGCUCAUGCCGAAACGCGAGCAUCUCUGUUUGUGAAGGGUGAGUAUAUCCACACGUACCAUAUGAGCAAUGUAUUUGAUGCAUUGGAAAAUAUUGUGAAGGAGAGACGCGAGCAAAUUGCCGCCGAUUCUCCGUACUACGUGACCACUGACGAUCUAGCCGCUCUGACCCAGGCUCUCGACAGCUUGUCUGACUCGGAGACAUGUUGCAUUAGCUUGUCGACAGAAAUGUACUACAAGAUGGCAAUGGCAGUUAGACCGAUGCGCGGGAUGCAGCCGGCCGGCAAUGAACUUGAUACUUUCCACGAGAAAGUCAUGCUAGAGGAGUGUAGGCGAAUGCUGCUUCACGAGCAUGUUCUAUCUCGAAACGAUCGAGGUGAUGACACUGUUUCUCUCAUCGCGCCUCACAGUGCAGCUCAGACAGAUGUUGGGUCUGAUGCUGAUCCGGCUCUCGAUACCGAUUCCGAUAUCUCUGAUGAUCAGGGUGACAAUCUGGCAUACGAAUCAUCUAUGUCAGGCUCUGUUACUCCGGGACAGACGCGGUUGCUGGAGGUGCCAGCAACGCCCGAAUGUCGGGCAGAUGGAAAACGGCCGCAACAGGCCCCGGUGGAGAGAACUCUCAAACGACCCCGACUCGAUUAUGACGAUGCGGAAGAAGUCGAGCUGGGGGUUUCUCUCACCGCGAGUGUUGAGGCAGAAGAGGCCGAAGAGGCCAGAAAGGCCGAAGAGGCCAGAAAGGCCGAAGAGGCCAGGAAGGCCGAAGAGGAAGAAGAGGCCAGGAAGGCCGAAGAGGAAGAAGAGGCCAGGAAGGCCGAAGAGGCCAGAAAGGCCAGAAAGGCUAGAGAGGAAGAAGAGGCCAGAAAGGCUAGAAAGGCCAAAGAGGCCGAAGAGGCUAGAAAGGCUAGAAAGGCCGGAGAGAAAGAAGAGGCUAGAAAGGCCAGAGAGGAAGAAGAGGCCAGAAAGGCCAGAAAGACUAAAGAGGCCGAAGAGGCUAAAAAGGCCAAAGAGGUCGAAGAGGCCAAAAAGGCCAAAGAGGAGGAAGAGGUCAGAAAGGCCAAGGAGGCCGAAAAUAAAAAGGUCUAUGAAACGCUUGUCCCUGUUCAUGAACCAUGGGAUUUCGAACUUCCAUGCGAACAGGGAUUGGACUUCCCGGUUCUUCUCAACGUCGUAGGCGACCCUCCGGGAGCGGAAAGAAGAUUACCAAGACCGUUCCUACACGACGCGGAGUCAAGUCUGCUGCGAUGCGAAUUUAGACGACACUUGUGA